GACUCUACCAUUUUGACAGGGGUGUACGCAAGCGCGGCUUCCUUGCAGUUUAGUGCUUAUUGUGAGGUCAACACCCCCCUGCCGCUUGCAGCUAGUGGUACGGGCUGGGCCUCGUUGCUGUUCGUUGUUCCCGGGAGCGGAAGGAACCAAGUGUCCGGUGCGAGGUGAGGGGGGUGCACAAUAAUGAGAAUGGGCUAACAAAUUGGAGAUCCUGGUAGUGGAAAUAACUGAAGAUGCCUGCCUCUGCCAUUCAUCUGACAAAAUCAGACGGUGUAGAAACGUAGGAAAAGGGAAGAACUUGGAACAUUAUUGAGUGUCAUUGUCACAGAGUUGGAAGACACACGGUCAUGGCCUCCCACUACCUUCCUGACCCAGGAGAGCCCCAGACCAGACCUCCUGCGUCCCCUUCACAACCGCAAGAUGGAGACACCGACUCCGGAAUAGAAGAUGAGCUCAGAUUAGAAGAAGCAGACUCUACCAUUUUCUUGGCUUUCAAGGGAGAUAUUGGAGACACUGAUUUCCAGCAAAAGCUAGACAAGAUUUUGAAUACUGUUCCAAGCCUCGUUAGCAUGGAGUCCGACCAGCUGAGAGUUCAGAAGGUGGAGCCAUGGAACAGCGUCAGGGUAACGUUCAACAUCCCAAGGGAAGCGGCUGAGCGGCUGCGCCUCCUCGCUCAGAGUAACAACCAGCAACUACGGGACCUAGGAAUUCUGUCUGUCCAAAUUGAAGGGGAAGGUGCAAUAAACCUCGCCUUGCCCCAUCGGGCACAGGACAUACGGAUGAAUGGUCCAGUGGCAGCAAACAGUGCUAUGAGACUAGAUGGCAAUUUUGCAAUGCAAGGCGGAACGGGCAUCAUCCGGAUGAACAACCCUUCCAUGGCUAUGAUGUCUCAGGGUGCUCAUGUCUCUUCUGCCAUGAUGACUCCUGGUGGAAGCAAUGAACUUAUGCCAAGAACACCCAGGCCUCCCUCUCAGCAAGCAGAUACAAUCGAUCCUCUUGUGUCCGGCUUGAAUGUCCAGCAAUCGAAUCACCCAUCUGGUUCCUUGGGUCACCAGAUCCAUCCCAUGCAGAAUGUGGUUGCCAACCGACCCAUGAAUUCGGCCAACUUCCAGCAGUUUCAACAGCAGACUCGGCUUCCCCAACAUGCCCAGGUCUCCCAAGGGAUGCGCCAGUCCUUUGCCGGUCCAUCACAAGUUCCAAUACCACCCGGCUGGAACCAGCUUGCUUCAGGGGCUCUGCAGCCUCCUCCUGCCCAAACAGCCAUUGGGACACUAAACCAGGGAUGGAAGAAGUCUCCAAUGAACACAGGUCCAGUCCAACAACAGCAGUUCCCUCAAAGGCCUUCAUUAGCCACAGUGCAGACGCCAUCCCACCCCCCUCCUCCAUAUCCAUUUGGAAGCCAGCAAGCCACGCAGACUCACACCAGUUUUCCUUCUAUGGCCAACCCAAACCAGUUCAGUGGCCCACCAGGGAAGCCUCUGCAGGGGGGGCCAUCUAGGGUCACCACACCUCUGCAGCAGCCUCAUCUUAGCAAGUCUCCUGCUUCAUCUCCAUCGUCAUCCUUUCAGCAGGGCUCUCCGGCCUCUUCCCCUACUGUGAACCAAGUACAGCAACAGGCCAUGGGGCCACGCUCAGGGCAGGCCACACCUAUGCCACAAGGUUUCCAGCAGCAGCCAGUCAGCUCACCCAGCCGUGGUGGGAUGAUAACACAGGGAACUGCUGCCGGGGGCUUCAUGAUGCAGCAGGCACCGCAACAAAAUCAGGGGCCGCAGACUAUUCAUGCAGGAGUUACCAAGCGCCUCCCCCCAGGUUUCCAAGCAGGUCAAGGAAAUGCUAACUUUCUGCAAGGCCAGACCCCACCUAGCGCAGCAGGAUCACCUUCUAAUGGGCCAGGGCUGCAGCAACAAGGCAGUACAAGUGGACAAGCAACAGUAGGGGGCUCAGUGAAUGGAUCCUCGCACAGUCAGAUGCAGGUGUCGCAUGGUGGUCCAAAUGUAAUGCAGAACAACCUGAUGGGAAUUCACAGCAACCUGAAUAACCAGCAGGCUGGCGGCAGUGUAGUGAACCAGGUGAACAUGGCCAGCCUGCAUGGACAAAACCAGCAAGCCAAUCAGUCGCAUCUACUCAGCAUGCAACAGCAAAUCAUCUCUUCCCAAGGCCAGAUGGUGAACCUUCAGGGGCAGGCCCCUCUAAACACACAGGCUCAGCAGCUGGUACUCUCUCGGAACCAGCUCAUGCCCCAGGGACAGAUGAUGGGCACAUCUCCGGGCCAAAAUAUGGGGCAAGCACCUCAGCGCAUGACCCCACCCAAACAAAUGCUACAGUCACACAACCAGAUGAUGACACCCCAGGGUCAGAGCAUGAUGCAGCAGAUGGAGCAGAUUAUACAGGGUAAUAAGCAAGGAUUUAAUGCACAGAGCCCAGCAGGGGUUAUGGGAGGACCCAAUCAGAUUAUAAGGGGAGCAAACGCUGGACUGCAGAAUGCCAUGGUGCAGUUCCCUGGACAGGUUUCUCAGCAAGGGGCUGUAAAUAACAGUUCCCAGGGGGUGAACAUGCAAGGACAAGUACUUAGAGCCCCAGUUCCGGGGCAACACUUGCAACAAACACAUGGAGAUGGUGUGGCACAGCCUGGCAGUGAUCUAAACUCCUUACUUCCUGAUCUUUCCAUGCCACCAACUGGCAACAUGGCACCACAGCACAUGCAGGGCAUGCCAGGGGGUUCUGGGCCAGGGCAGCAUUUUCCAGGUCAUGGGCUACCCUUCGGCUCGCCAUUUGGCCAAGGGGGAAAUGGAAAUCAGAUGGGGUGUGGCCAGAACCCGUCCUUUCCUCUUAAUAAGGAUGUGACACUGACCAGCCCUUUACUGGUGAACCUGCUGCAGAGUGAUAUCUCGGCUGGGCACUUUGGGGUUAACAACAAGUCAAACAAUAACACUCCGGCCAAACCCAAGAAGAAGAAGCCACCAAGGAAGAAGAAGAACCAGCAGAGCGAGGAACAAAUGAGUGCCCCUGAACCUCGCAUGGAAGACCCAGACCCCUUGGGGAUAGGAGGGGAACAAGGAGGUGCUGUGGAAACUGCACAGAAACUCUCUGAAUUUCCCAACAGGCCAGCAGGGUUUCCACCUCAGCCAGUUGAGCAAAGGUCCUUACAGCAGAUCCCUUCUCAGUUAAUGCAACAGUUGGGGCAGCAGGCACAAGGCCAGGGGGGGCAACAACCAACUCCUCCUCAGCAAAUGAUGAUGAUGCUGAUGAUGCAACAACAGGACCAAAAGUCUGUGAGGCUUCCUGGGCCACAAGGAGAAUUUAACCGCCGCCCAUCUCUGAAUUCGGAAGCUCAGAGGAUGCCUAUGCAGCCUGGGGGCAAUAUGCCUGUUAUGGUGAAUGUGCACGGCUCUGGCUCGAUUCCACCGUCUCCAGACAAGCAAAGGAUCCCUAUGGCGCCUAAUGUGUCUUUGGGAAAUAAUGGAAGGAAGAUGGGAUUCCCAGAUAGCGGGAAUCAGUCAGGGUCACCACUGGGCGAGGCGCCUGCGACAUCUUCUCUGACUGAUAUUCCAGAUCAGACAGCAGCUACUGGGCAGCAGAACAACAUGCCCUCUCACUUGCUACUUUCCCAGAAUCAGCUGAUGAUGCCUGGGAACAAAUCAGGAAAUCUUUCCUCUAUGACUUUAUCUCAAGGGGCCAAUCCCCAGCAGCAGCAACAUGCCAACUCCAUGCCUGGACCUCAUGGGCAUCACUUUCCGAGUGUGCAAACUCCAUCGCAGACAUCCAGACCAAAGACUCCAAACAGAGCAAGCCCGAGACCUUACUACCCUCAAACUCCCAAUAAUCGUCCUCCAAGUACAGAGCCUUCUGAGAUCAGCCUGUCUCCAGAAAGACUGAACGCCUCCAUUGCAGGCCUUUUUCCCCCUCAGAUAAAUAUUCCAUUGCCUCCCAGGCCUACACUAAACAGAGGUUUUGAUCAGCAAGGGUUAAAUCCAACAACCUUGAAGGCCAUUGGACAAGCUCCUCCUGGACUGACUGUAAACAAUCCAACUGGUUUUCUCCCAUCACACAACAUAGUGGCAGGGAAACAGACUGGCAAUGCUGGGAACAAACGAGCAAGUCCUAGCAACAGUAGGCGAUCAAGCCCUGCUUCUAGUCGCAAAACAACCCCAAGCCCUGGCAGGCAGAACCUAAAGGCCAACAAGUUUGUGCUUGGGCCACAACAAAACCCUGCAAUGCUGCACAACCUGGAGAUGCAAAGAAAUGCAAUGCAGGCUCAAGCUUCAAUGCAGUCCCUAGUCCCUGGACCUCCAGUUGGUCCAUAUCCACCAGUUUCUAUUCCAGCCACGUGCGGUUUAACGGAAGAGACUAAAGAUAGCUCAGCAAUCACGCAGGAGGCAGACAGCCAGGCAAUGCAAGUUGCCUUUAAGGAGCAAACUGAGGCAGAACUUAAAGCUAUGGUUCAGCAAGAACUGAAGACCACUUCUGAAGAGAUGUCCAGAAAAGAACUCCAUCCCAUGGACCCCUGUAAACCUUCCCCUGCAGAAGAGAUCAAGCCUAUGGUCUCGCCAGCUAUGAGAGAUGCACCUACGUCUCUGAGUCAGCUGUUGGAUCACUCAGCUGCUUCCAGUCUUAAGUCCUCGGUAGUACCUAUAACCGAAUCACCUCCUUUACAGCUGCUUUCAGAUGAUCCCAAAAUUUCUGACAUUCCUCCUGUACCAGAAGAUACCAGUAACAAUAAUGAAGUGGUAUCCACACCUAAUCCGCUUUUACAAAUUGGACCACAUGCAGCUCAACCGAAAACAGACGCCAUGGAGCCCAGUACAAAUGUUUCUCUGAACCUUCCAUCUUCUGCAAUGAAACGGCCAGCUGGCCAGACAUCUGUUUCCAGCUCAGUGUCUCAGAGCCAGAUAACUGUUUUUGUCACUUCAAACCCCAUCACAACCUCCUCUACCACAACUGGCCCCAUGACUUCCCACGUGCAGCAGCAAUCGUUAAUGCCAACUGUGGUUAAUGUGCAGAAUAUGGGCAACAAGGUCAUCGUGUCCGAAGGGCAGCAGGCUUCCCAGUCGACUGCGCGCCCUCAGUUUAUCACUCCUGUUUUCUUUAAUUCUCCUUCCAUCAUACAAGUUAUGAAGGGAUCACAACAAGGGAAUAUGCCAGUUUCCACUUCAGCAUCCAGUUCAAACUUGGCUCCUCAGUCUGUGGCAGUAGUGGGGUCUUUACAUAUUCCACAGAAUAUUCAGUUUUCUGCUGGACCACCUUCUUCAACUCCACCUUCUAGUGCUGUCACCAGUAUGCAAACAACUCGACCGGUCCUAGUUACCCCUCCUCAGAACACUGCACAUCCUGCUCAGUCUCCAUCUGUUGUUCCACCACCAACACCCUUUAAAGAGAGCAACAAAGAAGAUAUUAGUUCUAAUUUGGGUGUAGCAUCUGAAGAAUGCCCUCCAGGACCUUCAAAGCCCAUGGUUUCUCCUCCCAGCGAUAGCGUAAGGAACUCUACGGCAUCAUCCAAGGGUCAGCCCAAGGUGGACCAGACUGAGCAGCUUAUGUUCACUACGGUCAAUAAGAAUGUGACUGGUGGCAUUCUAAAAGACAGUUUGGAAACAAACAAAGAUGAACUUGGAGAUGGAGACAAAACUCCCCCAUUAGCCAACUUGGCUACUACUGAUCCAGAGGUCACCACUGCAAUCUCUUCUGACUCUUUAUGUCCUCAAAACCCCAGUUCUAAAGAAGGGGUGCCUGCUCCAUCUGCUGCUCAGUCAUCAAUCCAUGGGGAGUUCAAGCAUGUAGGGAACACUGUACCAGAGAAAAAUGAUACCACCUUGGAUAAUGUUUCGGCAGAAACCACACAAGAAACAGCCUCCUCCAAAAGUUCGAGACAAGAAGAACGACCUGCAAGCAACAAGGAGAGCGCUCCAGAAAAACCUGGGGAUGAUCCCCAGGAUAUCCCAGAAAGUGAAGCAACAGAGAGGCCGAAACCUUUGAGCCGGAGAAACUCCAAGAUGGAGGAGCCCCCAGAGGCGUUGGAAAGUGGACAGCGCAAGCGCUCGGCCCGUCCUGGCUCCGCCUCUUCGAAAGAAUCCGGAGCUAGUCCCACCCAGCCCAAACGAAGGAAAUCCAAGUAGAAUUUUUUCAAGUUUGCACCAAAUCCAGGAUUCGGUUUUGGGAAUUGCCCGUGUCCCCCAGCACUUUCCCUCCCUCCCCCAAAAUUGGCUGAAUUAGCCAAAACCAAACUCUUAAUGUCAUGUGACUUUUAACCCACCGAAGGCAGUGCAUUUUUAUUCAGUUUUUCUUCAGUUUUUCUUCCCCCUCAAAUUUGGUUCGAGAUGCGGCUGAACCUUUCGUGUAGGAUCUGAUUUUCGGCCGAAUUUAAAAUUGAUGAACUUGGUGCAUCCCAAAUUUUUUUUCUCUUUAAACUUCGGACAGAUAUGUAAAAUGACUGCUUGCUCUGAGAGAGCUCUAUUUUUUUACCAGCGGGAGAUUAAAUGGUUGUACAGUUUUAUCGGCUUUUUUUUUCUGAUUUGAAGGAGAAAUACUUUUUUUUUUUUUUUUAAUUAUUCAUUUUUAAUCGUCAUUAAACCACUUGUGGAAUACCAGGAGUUAAUAAGAAGAGAAAAUAUACCUUGUUUAUAAUGAGACUUCAUCUUCCAUUUAUUAAUGUUUGCCUCAGAUCUUUGGUAAAUUGGCCGGCUAAGCUGGCCACACACUGGCAGAUCAAAGGUGCAAACUUGGCCGCUGCAGCUUAUUGCCCCCAAUUGAACUUUGAAAAUCCCAUUGGAUUAGGGCCACGUUGGUGCAUUUAUCCAGUCCAGAGUAUGUUUGUAGGCCACUUUAUGGUCCAAUCGUUGGAGAUUAAAUCAGACAGAGAUUUGGCCAACCAUGUGGAGCUAAAUUCAGGUGGAGAUGUUUAUGGUGAGAUACUAAUUGUAGCUGCCAAUAUCGGUCCCUUGGACCGAUUCAGCAGCUUAACGGCCCAUGUAGGGGCAGAAACGAGGGGCCUGCCCGACCGAUAUCUGGCCUGAAAUUGGCCAGAUAUUGAUCGGCCAGGUUAAAAGAUUCAGUCGGAUCGGGGGCCGCAUCGGCUUGUUGAUGCGGUCCCCGAACUGACUGCCCCAUUGCCGCCAAUAUAAUUUGAUCUAAUUAACCUACACGCUCCCCUUGGCGACCUCUCCAAGCGAGUGAAUCUUAACCAGGACCUUAAGUUCCUGGGAGUUGAAGAUCGCAAAAGCUGUAAGUGGACCAACACUCGUUUAAGUUGGCCGUACAUGGUGAUAUAUGGUAAUUUCAUGAGGUCGCCCCAAUGAGCAUAUCUCUCUCCAUGUAUUUAGGUGCCCAUACACAGGCUGAUUGUAGCUGCUAUCGAUCCCUUGGACCGAUUCAGCAGCCUAUCGGCCCGUGUAGGGGCAGGAACGAGGGGCAUGCCCGACCGAUAUCUGACCUGAAAUUGGCCAGAUAUCGAUCGGGCAGGUUAAAAGAUUUAGUUGGAUUGGGGACCACAUUGGCUCAUUUAUGCGGUCCCGAACCAACUGCCCCAUUGGCGCCAAUAUAAUUUGAUCGUUUGGCCCCAGGGACAUUAGCCAACAUUUUCCCCCGAUAUCGCCCACCCGUAGGUGGGGAUAUUGGGAUAAGAUCCGCUCGCUUGGCGACCUCGUGUAUGGCCACCUUUACCAGCUUAAAUCAGUCUUGGUCCAUUUGUAGCCUUUCAAGACACUGAUCUACAACUCCCAGGAUCUUUACUUAGAGAUGUUGAUCUACAGCUCCCAGCAUCUCAUCACCAACAGCAGAAAGAUGUCAGGGUGAUAACUGUAGUUAGCAGCAUCUUCAGGACCAAAACUUUCCCAAUCCUUGUCUGAAUAGCAGUAGGUAAUUGUCUGUACAGAACCGAUUUAAAGGGGAAGUAUAAGGAUGAGCAGUUCCCUUUUAUGGUGAAGAAUAAAUGGAAGAUAAACGCCGUAUUCUGGGUAUAUUUUGCACUUUUAAAGAGCCAACAACACAUUGAACGCUCUUGAAUGCUUUAUUUUUAAUGUGAAUUUCUUAAGUAAUGAGAUUGACAGCCCUGUCAUUUUGCUUUUUAAAAUCCACCACAUGAAGUCACAAGGGGGAGAACUACUAAGCUAUGAAAUUAGUGGAUUAACUGAAAAAAAACAAAUAUGAAGUGGUUCCAUUGUCUUUUUUUUUUUUGUGAAAAAUUUACCAGAUGUAAAAACUCCACUUAUUUUGUGUUUGUUGAAGUACUGUAUUUAUAUAGAAGAGUAAUGACUAUGGCAGCGGAUUAGGAGACGUAAAUGUUGUAAAUACUGUUAACAAUCGUACGGUUAAUUUGUUGUAGAAUUGGACCAGUGGACAAGUUUGUAAUAAAUAUAUGGACGUUUUA